AUGGUUCAGAUCAUAGUAGUAGAGAGACCACUUGGUAGUGGUGGUGGUAGUGGUAUUCAGUUGUUGCUGAAAACAUUUUUUUUCCUGCUGAUCAGGUCGUUCGCGGUAAAGGACGAGAUAUUCUGCCUGUUCGAGGGUGUGCUGGACAACCUGGGGCGGCUGAGCCAGCAGUACGGGCUGUCCAAGGGCACCAACGAGGUGGUCCUCGUCAUCGAGGCUUACAAGACACUGCGGGACCGGGCGCCAUACCCGGCCAGCUUCAUGCUCUCGCAGCUCACCGGCAGCUAUGCCUUCGUGCUCUUCGACAAGUCCACCAACUCCCUGCUCGUCGCAUCUGAUCCCGAGGGCAAGGUGCGGCUCUUCUGGGGGAUCACUGCGGAUGGCUGCGUCGCCUUCUCUGACGACAUUGACAUGCUCAAAGGAUCCUGUGGCAAGUCACUUGCACCUUUCCCACAAGGUUGCUUCUACUCCAAUGCUCUUGGAGGCUUGAAGUGCUAUGAGAACCCUAAGAACAAGGUGACCGCUGUUCCUGCAAAUGAAGAAGAAAUCUGUGGUGCAACUUUCAAGGUGGAAGGCUCUACAGUCCUCACCGCACUGCAUUAGGAGGAGAUGUUCGUGUGGAUGCGUGGAUGGCUGCGGUUCAAUGCAAAACUCUGUACAUGGCGGUGUACCAUAAUGGAAAGGCAUGCAACUGGUCUAUCUGUAUCAUCCCCCGUACAAAGAGGAGUACUGCCAUCGUGGCAAGAACUUCACCAGUGUCGUUUGUUGUUUGUUUGUUUGUUGUUGUGUGGGUGUUGGGUGUGUCUGAACCUGCUGUAUCCCUUGUUGUUCAACUUACAUGGAGCUUGAGAGUUGAAACCGGGUUCUAGUCGACCAGUUGCAUGGAUGAACGAAGUUGUGUAUCUGCAGCAUGUAAUUGAGCUUUACUUCUUCCGCA